UGAUGUAGCUCCACUGUCAGGACUCCUGGAGCUCCAGGGCUGCACUGCUUAUAGGGAGUUACACAUUUCAGGGAUUUUACUUUUUAACCAAAGCCGGAUGCUAGGAAAUCGUUCAGAGGAAACAGGAGUUAUUAGUUUUCGUAGCUGGUUUAUAGGCAAAUAAAUAUAUAUCUGAGAUGCAUUACUGUAUGAGUCUGAGGUUAGUGUGUAACCUGAAGCACUUGGGAGGAGCAGGAGGACAGAACCGCAUAUGCUAAAGCUAAUGCUAAUACGCUAAUGAGCGGCAGGUCUGGUUAUGAUAGUAACUGUCACUUCUCUGGUUAAAAAUAACUCGAUGUGAACCAUUGCAGCUAACUUAAUGAGCUAAUCAGGUUGCUAUGAUGAUUAGCUGGACCUGGUUUCUUUGAGUCAUUGUACUCGUCAGUUUGUUUUACUUAGAUAUACAUUUUAGCUGAUUACAGUUAUGUUUUUCUUUUCCUUGCACCGGAAACACGGUUAUUUAUUUAUUUAUGUAUUUAUUUUUGCUCAGUAUCGCUAGCUAAGCAAGCUAGCUGGCUACACUCAAGGAAUUAAGGAAACCAAAUUCAAGUUGUUUUGUCUUAAUAUUAAUUAUAUUUUAAGUAUGUCAGGGCUGUUUAGCUUUACGUGUUGAGGUGUUUUAAGAACGCUAGUGUAUCAUGUAGGUCCUAGCUUAUAUUGUAUUAGCGUUAGCAUUAGCAAAACACCGGGUUUCACGGCACUUCACUCGGACCAAAUCUCAAUUAAACCUCCUGUUUUAUUUUAUUAUUAUUUUUAUUUUUGGACCUUGAACAUAUUUACCACUAAAGAAGGAAAUACCAACGUCAACUUGUGCAGUCUGAAAGACCUCCAUGUCUGACCAGCCAUACGGAUUCACACAGCGGUUCCAUCAGGAAGCUCUGGAUGACAAGAGGAAUCACAGCAGGAGUAGUUUAUCAGUUUCAGACUCUGACAUCAGGCUCUCUUCAGGCUCUCAAGACAGCGAUGGAGACAGCGGUAAGGGCGUGUCCAAACGCUCUAGGCGCCGGGAUCAGUUGGCUGGUGGGUGUGGCCGGCGGGCUGGCUCCUCCCCCUCCCGGCGGCAGCGUGCGCUCCCAGCCGCCGCCCCAGUGUGAUCCACGCUCGCCUGGCUUGCGCGCCCGAGCCCAUGCCCCUAGCAGCACGCGGCCGGUCAGCGCCAUGUGCGUCCCGCACACAAUGGAGACGGGCAAACACCACAACGCAUCGGACACGGGCCAGGGUCAGGGGCAUGGACAUGGUAGGCGCGGUGGUGGGGUGCCACUCGAACCUUUCGUCCACCAGGUGGGCGGCCACAGCAGCAUGAUGCGCUACGAUGACCACACCGUGUGCAAGCCACUCAUCAGCCGUGAGCAGCGCUUUUAUGAGUCCCUGCCGCCUGAGAUGAAGGAGUUUACACCAGAAUACAAAGGUGUGGUCCUGGUGUGUUUUGAAGGUGACCUGGACGGCUACAUUAACCUGGUAGCGUACCCUUAUGUGGAGAGCGAAUGCACAGACCACGAAGAGCUGCCUGAACGGGACCAACCGCGGCGGAAACACUCGCGCCGCAGCCUGCAUCGCUCUAGCAGCGAGCAUAAAGAGGAAAGGGCGCCCCAUGAAAGUGAUAGCAAUGACAAUCUGCAAGAGCUUAAAAGUCCACGCCUAGACUUGCAGAUCUACUCUGAUGUGCCCUUCCAAAUGCUGGAUAGCAACAGCGGCCUGAGCUCGGAAAAAAUCAGCCACAACCCCUGGAGUCUGCGCUGCCACAAGCAGCAGCUCAGCCGCAUGCGCUCUGAAUCCAAGGACAGGAAGCUCUACAAGUUUUUGCUCCUUGAAAAUGUAGUACAUCACUUCAGCUACCCCUGCAUCCUGGACCUGAAGAUGGGCACGCGGCAGCACGGCGACGACGCGUCCGAGGAGAAGGCCGCUCGUCAGAUGAAGAAGUGCGAGCAGAGCACGUCUGCCACUCUGGGCGUGCGUGUGUGUGGGAUGCAGGUGUACCAGAUGGACACUGGCCACUAUCUGUGCCGCAACAAGUACUACGGUCGAGGUCUGUCGAUCGAGGGCUUCCGCCAAGCACUUUACCAGUACAUGCACAAUGGUGCCGAGCUGCGGCAGGACCUUUUUGAACCCAUCCUGAGGAAGCUGCGCAGCCUCAAAGGCGUCCUCGAGCGCCAAGCCUCAUACCGCUUCUACUCCAGCUCUCUACUCAUCAUCUAUGAAGGCAAGGAACCUGAGCGAGUCGAGGCACCCUCCGAAAAGGAGAUCACCACAGGGGGCCAUUCCCCACCCUUGGACCCACCUCCUGCCCCAAACGUUGACGUGCGCAUGAUAGACUUUGCCCACAGCACCUUCAAAGGCUUUCGGGAUGACCAGAUGGUGCAUGACGGGCCCGACCGGGGCUACAUGUUCGGACUCGAGAGCCUCGUCAACAUACUCGAAAGAAUCCGCGAAGAGAACCCGUAGCCAAAACGGAUCUUUUGCCUCGGCAUUUUUUUUUUUUCUUCUUUUUUUUUUUUUAAAUGAACUCCACUUCCUGUCUCAUCCUCAGUUAUUUCUGGACCGUCUACACGGUGGCGGGGCAAAACUGAUGUUUAUGUGAGACAAGCUGCAAGCAGGGAGACACAGCCUCUGCGUCAUACAGCCAUCAGCACCCAGAGCAUGACGCUUUUCACAUGGGGGGAGGGAAACUGGAGGUGACCUCUGGCUGAGUCUUUACUCACACCCCCUGAACAGAAAUGGCUCCGUGAAACUGGAGCCUGGGUGGGGGGGGGGGCACUUUGUAUGUCCUGUGGAUUCGUCGCCACCAUGUGGCCCUCUGAGGUUUCGCAGCAAGAUAGGAGUAAGCAGCCAAAGCUCAGGGCAAGUCCAGGGUCAGGUCGGCUUUACAUUAUCGGGUCAGUGGAGCGGUGUGUGUCAGGGAUAGUAAGUUCGGGGAAUAAUUCCUCGCUGCAGUAUUCCCACAGGGGCUCAGAAAAGGGAGCAGUUAUAAAAGCUUUACUGUAAAAUAAAGGUGGGAGGCUUACCAGCCCACCUUGAUGAAAAAUUAGAAAAAUUAUAAGGUGAUGCUCACCUUGUAGUAUCUGUCACCAUUCACAACCUAGCUGUGCAAACUAAAACAAUUCCUGUUUAAGGUCACAUGCUUUUUUUAAAUAUAUAUAUAUUUUUAUUUGGAAAUUGUAUAAUUUCUGCAGUUAUCCACUUCAGUUAGAGACAGCAUUGCAUUUUUAUUCAUUUUAUUUUGCCUUUCUUUUCAUUUCCUUUUUUUCUUUUAGUUUUUUGUAAUAUUCCUUUCUGUUCUGGUUUAUGGUAGUACUACGUGUCCUAGGCUAGUCUGUAGGACAGUGUGUGUAUAUCCGUAGACGUCGUCUUUAUGCCUAAUUUUUUUAACUAUGCUUAUUCUGAAAGAGAUCCUCCUUGUCUUUUUGCACUGUAGAUUUGGAUUGUGCUCUAAAAGCACCCAGCAUGGUUCUUCAAUCUCCCCUCACCUUCACCCUUACGGUUUUAUUCCUGGUUUUUAGGACUGUUUGUUUAUAAACAACCCCGAUAUCACAUUCAGAGCAAACCGUCCAUUAGCACAUGUAGCAACAUGAUUAGAGACACCACCUUCUCCUCCCCUUUUGCUCGUCGUGUCCUCGCUCCUUCUCUCAUCACCACUCGAGUAGGAUGUACUGUGUUUAGACGGAACUAUAGCCAUCGUCUUUCCUUUCUUUCUUUUUUUUUCCUUUUCCCUCUCUGGCACACCACAGACAGACUCUACUUCAUCUAGAUUGUCAUCUCUGUGUUAUCAGAUGCAAUGCGUUGUCCUGCACAUGCAGAGAUCAUCAGUGUCGUGUUGGUGUUCUAUUGUAACCCCUGAACUUUAUAGAAGUCCCGCCUUUUUGUAUGUUAUUUGUAUCAAAAAAGAGCGGUCAUCACUACAGAGUCUAGAAUAGAUUAGAUUAUUCUAUUCGUCUUGCUCUGGAUGUCACAGGAAUCUGCUCCGUCCCAACCUCUUGGAGUUCAGAAUGUACUCAGCACAUGUAAUAGCAAAACACACACUGAAACAGUUUCAUCAGCAUUUGUCCGAGUGUGAAGCAUAAAUUGUGACCUACAUAUCUCCAUAUGUAUAUAUGUGUGUGUUAUUUAUAUAUAUAUAUAUAUAUAUAUAUACACACACACAUAUGUAUAUGUAUAUAUGUAUGCACAGACAGUAUAUAAUAUAGAAAUAACUGACCGUUUUGCUGUGCAGACUCGCGUAACAAAAAGCAAUCCAGGAUUUAUAGACACAUCUCGAUUUCUUCAGCGUCAUGGUUACAAAACAAUGCUCAGCUCUCCUACACAUGUGUAAAUACUUACCCAGGGUUUCUGUUUGUCCAGCCUUUUAGUGUUCGAGAGCUGACCAGGAUAUGAAGGUUUAAAAAUACGUCACGAAUCGUUACCCCGCUGCCGGAUGAGUGCGAUUCCUGGCUUCUCUAACAUUUAACAGAGAAUCUGUUCUGUGCCAGGGCAGGAGAACGUCUUUCGUGAACAAAAAACGUCUUUCGUGUUGGGAAGAAAUCAUAAACAGGUCUCCUCUGUGGUGGAUGUUUUUAGUCUGUCCAUAGAUGCGAGAUUGUAUGUGUAGAGAGAGAACUGUAUUACCCUCCCUCAAAAAACUAUGUAUUUCUCCCUUUGUUGUUGUUGCAUGGAUGGAUAUUUUUUUAAGAAAAAAAAAAUAUAUAUGACAUCUUUGAAUGUGAGUUAUAAAUCAUUUUUUUAAGAAAA